UAUUUUGCAAAAUAUUGUGCGUCAUUAAUAUGAGAAAUAAAUCGACUGUAUAUAUAUAGGAGACACCCAAGAUCUUAAAAUACAAACAUUCUCUUUUCAUUCUUUAAAGUAUUAUUCACAAAUCUUCCUCUCAUACUAUUAAGGUAUUACGAUGAUGCUGCUUGUGUGCUAAGAAAAAUGUGUUUAGACGCAAAGGCUCCUCAUCUUUCAUCGACUCUGCCACCUACUUUGCCUUGGAAGUUCAAUAAACAUGUACAGCCUAAUAAAGGACUAACCCGCCAAGGCAAUGGGAACUCAGAAGAGCUACGUUGUGUCAUUGCUGUUAUUCGAUAUGGCGAUCGAACUCCAAAACAGAAGGUGAAACUAAAUGUUACAGAGGAGAAACUGUUAAACCUGAUGCUGAAGUACAAUGGUGGAAAGCCAAGAGCUGAGACAAAACUAAAAAGUGCAGUCCAGUUGCAAGACCUAUUAGAUGCAACAAGAAUGUUAGUUCCCCGUACAAGACUAGGUCGUGAGAGUGAUAGUGAUCCAGAAGACCUUGAACAUGCUGAGAAGCUUCGCCAAGUUAAAGCAGUUAUUGAAGAGGUUCUUUAGUACUUUCUCUUUUUUUGUUGAAUAUAGUCCGGGGAAAGUAUUACAUAGUAUCAUUUAGUAAUACUAUCUUAUAUCAUUUUUUUUUGUUGAAUAUACUAUCUGAUAAGUAAGCUAGCAUUAUGCAUUUUUUAUUUAAUUCAUGAGGUCAUUUUCAAAGCAGUCAAAAAAUCUAGAAAAUUAAUAAUCGAACCAGCUACCUUUUUUUAUUAGACCGGAUAUUAGUUCCACCAAUAAUCGUGGUCAACUUACCAACGUGGUGCAUAUAUGUCAAAUUGACAAAUCUACGUUUAAGUAACCCAACCUGUAAGGGAUUUAGAUUUUUUUUGUGAAUCUCGUGGACUGAUCUAUCGCAGAUUGGGGUUCAUAGGUGAAGUUUCAAGAAAUUGUUAUAAUUUGAUUGGUCGAUUGUUCUUAAUUUUUAUUUAUUUAAUUUAGAUUUAAAAUUUUAAGAUAAGUCUAAAAUCAUUUAACAUCACUUGUCAUAUAAUCUAACGAAUAUUACAAAUAACAAUUUAUGGAAACUAAUUUUCGAAAUUAUGGAAAGAUUAUUAAUGUUUUGUUUAUUACUU